GCAUCUUUAAGUAUGUUGAAAAUGAAAUCACCUUCUUUCAUGAAUAUGCAUGUGAUGGAACUCUUCGUCAAUAUUUAGAGCAAAAUUUUUGCACUAUUGAUUGGAAUGAAAGAUUACAUCUUGCAAAACAGCUUGUUAAAGAAAAUGAAAAUAAUCAAGAGAGUAUACUAGAUAUAACUUCACUACCUGCUUUAAAUAUAAAAUAUGAUCAUGGUGGAUUAAGGCUUUAUGAUUUAAAUCAAUUAUUUAUAACCCAGUUCGAUAAACAAGGAAUCUCUGGAAAUACUACAUGCUCAAUAAUUUAUUAUAUAGAAAGCAUUAUUGGAUUUUUUUAUGAAUAUGGAAUUGGGACAGAUGUUAAUCACUACAUGGCAUAUGAUAUGUAUAGUAAAGCGGUUAAAGAGAUUUGUGUCCCUUUAAAUGAACAAGAUAAUUUAUUAAACAAUUUAUUAAAAGAAAAUCAACGUAUUGGAUUAAUUUCUCUAGGUUUAUUAUAUAAAUAUGGAAAAGGAAUUGAAGUUAAUCAACUCAAAGCAUUUAGAUUAUUUCUAAAAUCGGUUUCUAAGGGUUCUAUAUUAGGAAUAGGAAACGCAAAAGCACAAACUAUAGUUGGUUAUUGUUAUCAAUAUGGUGAAGGUAUUUAUGAAAGUAAUAAGUUAGCUUUCGAUUGGUAUACAAAAUCUGCAAAAAAUGGAAAUACUUUAGGCUUAGUCCAUCUUGCCGAAUGUCAUCUAAAUGGUAUAGGAAUUCCUAAAAAUAAGCAACAAGCUUUUCAAUAUUAUUUGGAAUCAGUUAACGGAGGAAGUGAAUUAGGUAAAAACAAUCUUGCUUUUUGUUAUCAAAAAGGUGUAGGAACUCCUAAAAAUGAUAAAAAGGCUCAAAAACUAUUGGAUAUGCCUACUUAUUAUCGAUAUAAACAUUUUAAUGUUUUAUAUAAAUAA